GUCCCCCUCACCCAUUUCAAGCUUGUCAUAAUGGAGUCAGGAGGCUAGUGAUGACGUAAGGCCCAAGCGGCGACCAAUCCCCGUCUAGGCUGCGAGUCUCGUGGUUGCUAGGAGACGUUCUUUUAGAUUUUUGGCUUGGGAGAUAGAAUAACCAUGCCUGUUCCAGAUGUUAUGUUCUGUGCACAACAGAUUCAUGUUCCCCCUGAACUACCAGAUAUUAUGAAACAAUUUACCAAGGCUGCUAUCAGGACGCAACCACGUGAUGUACUCCAGUGGUCUUAUGGGUAUUUCUAUGCCUUAUCACAUGGGGAGCCUCUUCCUGUGAAAGAACGUGUUGAAAUCCCAGUAGCCACACAGAAAAAUGACACAGGUCUGACACCAGGACUCCUUAAAAUUCUGCACAAACAGCUAUCUGAAAAGGGAACUGUGGAGUUACCAGAUCUUCAGAGAAAGUGGAAAAAUUUGUGUUUGCCAAUGGUGCAACUGCAAAACAUUCUCCGAUUGGACGACUUUUCAGAAGGAAUUGAAUGGAUGAAAUUUUUUGCCCUUGGAUGUAGUGCACUUGGUGGGUCCUUGAUGAGCUCCAUGAAACACGCCUGUGAAAUUCUAACAGAGGACCCAGAGGGGGCAGCAGCCCGCAUCCCAUAUGAUACUUUUGCAUUUAUCUAUUCCUACUUGGCUGGCUUAGAUGAGGAAAUAACGGGGGAAGCCACAGAGAUUUAUCUCAAGACUCUUAAAGAACGUGUGUCACGUAAAGAAAGUAUGGUUGGACUUGCAGAUUUCUCAACUGUUCAGAAGAAAUUUUAAAACACGAAAGCGGAUGAUAAAACUUUACUGCACAAAUAUAACCUGAACAAUAAAAAGCCAUUACAUUAUGCACAUAAAUACAGUUUGUUCUCAAUAAAAAAUUGCAAUCUGA